UCUUUCCAACUAAAAUCAAUGAAAAUUGGAAAUUGUAGAUCUUGUUUUAAUGUCUAAAUUUUGAUCUCAGAACUUUACAUGAAAAUUGAAGUCGGUAGGUUCCGGUUUGUUCCAAAAUUGGUGCCCUCUUCUCUUCCGGAUCCAAACCUGUGAAAUCCCAAGACCAAAAGACUAAAAGCUUAAGUCAUUAAGCUCAAAUUCAUCGGCCCAAAAACAAAAAUGGUCUAGGCCCAACCCAAGUAUCACGUAGGCCCAAUAAGCCCAAGUCUCGAAGCCCUCUCUCAACAAUAUCUCCAUCUCUAAUCCUCUUCUGAUCUGAUGCUGUCUAUUCUUCUUCCAAUGCAAAUAAUGGAAGAAACACCAUGGCCUCAAAAGCUUCAAGCCCUAACCCACAUUCUGCUCUGCCCCACCACAGCUCCGCCUCUCGCUUCUCAAUACCUCAUCGCCACCAAAAUCCCCUGUUACCUCAAUUGGGACUACCCCCCUCUCCUCUGCCCUAAAUCUUCUAUUUUCCCCUUUCUCUCUCUUCAUCUCCAAUGGGGUUUCUCUCUCUUCCUCAAAAGACUCUCCCGAUUCGGCCUUCCCAAAACCUCCUGGCGAUCCAAAUGCCCUUAUCAACUCCCUCCACCCUUGAUUCUCGCUAAAGGUGUCCACUCUGCUCAGUGGGGCGACGAACAGAGGAAAAACUACGUCAGAAUGAGGCUCAGAAGAAAGCGUCUCGUCAGCGAUGUUCAUCCCUUAAUCCCAAUUAUGAUUCCCAAUAUGUUGCUGUUUUCUCUUCUCCUAUGGAAUCCGUUCUCUUCCUCUGAUUGAUACAACUCGGAAAUUUUUGCUGUAAAUUGAUUGUUUGGGACAUUUAAUCGGAUCUCACAUUUGGGCCGUUUUUGCUCUGCUUUUUAGCAACUCAUUAAUGGCUGAAUAAUGUAGUAGAGUAUAAGUAAAUAGGUAGUUUGGAUUUGAACUUCUGGGCUUCUCUGUUUCCAUUAAUGCGUUGUGGCUGGAAAGUAUAUGAAAGUAAUUGGAGAAGACUACAACUUCUAUUUGGACUUUGUUGUGAAUUCGUCUCUGUUUUUGUGUAGUAAUUUAUUUGGAAGCACACAGAAGGGAUAAUAGAAUAUGGAAAAAGACCCACAAAACCAAAGAACGCUUUUAAUUUGGGCUGCAAUGGCAGCGACGAGCGAUUCAAAUGAACCAUAAAGUUUUAAAUGCAAACCAACUUGUUUGCGUGGUUAUCCAAACUGACCCUUCCCGACUUCCAUAAUUGUCUGUGAUUGCAACUACUAUUUAUUUUUUGGUAGUUCACAAAGCAUCUCACGAUUAUAUUGUCCUAGCAUUU